CUGGCAACGUCGCGAUUCCCUUAUGUAGAGAAACGAGUCACUUACCAUAGGUUACUUGAAGCACAUUUAUUCUAUCAAAGGCUGGAAGCUCCCUUCUGCUCUUCAAGUCAAUUUUCCGGCGAAAUUGUCCUAUAGCAGUCUGUCAGGGAUGGCAGAGAACGCCUCGCUUGUGGUCGAUCAAGCGAUCAACCUACUCGCCCUUGAUGGAGGGGUCAUUCGUGGUUUAUCUGAGCUGUUGAUUUUGAAUAAGAUAAUGCGUCGUGUCCAGCAUGAUCAGAAACUUCCUAAGCUUCCUCGGCCUUGCGAGUAUUUCUAUCUGAUCGGAGGAACAAGUACUGGAGGUCUUAUCGCGCUUAUGCUCGGCCGAUUGCGAAUAACGACGAAAGAGGCUCUCGAGACCUACAACGUUCUCGCGAGUGACAUAUUUUCAAAAGAGAAUAAGAAGUGGGGCGUUCAAGAUGGGACAUUCAAAGCUAGUACGCUUGAGAGGAAGGUGCAGGAGAUUGUUACAAAGAAAGGCCUGGGCGAGUUUAUGCUCGAUUCAUCUACAGAUAUUCCGAAGAACGCAAAAGCUUUUGUCUGUGCGAUGCCCGCGCGUAAUAUGGCACAUCCGCGACGGUUCAGAACGUAUACCAUCAGAUCGAACCCGAGUACGAACUGCCGAAUUUGGGAAGCGGCUCGCGCCACCACGGCAGCUCCUACGUUCUUUAAACGCAUCGAGAUCGGCGAGGAAGGUCAGGCCAAAGAAGAGUUCUUUGAUGGAGGGCUACGAUGCAACAAUCCGGUAGACGAAGUUUUGAAUGAAGCAAGGGACAUUUUCGGAAACAAUCGCCGGGUGAACUGUGUUGUGAGCAUCGGUACUGGUCAUACCGGAAUAAUCCGUUUGGCAAGGCCAGACGCGUUUCAAAAAGUCCUACCGACAAAACUGAUUGAAGUACUGAAGAAAAUUGCCACCGACUGCGAGGAAAAGGCAAAUGCUUUAAGUGCAAGAUUCAAAGAUCUCGAAAAAUUCUAUUACCGCUUUAAUAUAGUUCAUGGUGCAGAGAGCAUCUCACUAGAAGAAUGGGAGAAAAUGGGCGAGUUGACAGAGCAUACAAAUGCGUAUAUGUCGGAUGUCUCUGUUUCAAAGGCUCUUGACGAGGUAGUAGAGAUAUUGUGCAAGUCUGAGAGCCCCGGACUAACACUGGGAAGUAUUUGUUAG